AUGAUAGACCCCAAACCAACCUGGCAGGAUGAGAUCAUCGCCUACCUAAAAAUCGGAAAAUGUCCCGAAAACUCUGCAGAGGCUAGAAAGCUCCGAAUAAGGUCGGCGAGGUACACACUCAUGGACAAUGUACUAUACAAACGGGGAUAUUCUCCACCUUUGUUAAGGUGUUUGAACGAAGAAGAAGCUCAGCAUGCCCUACAAGACGUUCAUGAAGGAAUAUGUGAAAACCAUUCAUGUGAGCUCUCACUAGCCCACAAGAUCAUACGACAUGGAUACUUCUGGUCUGCAAUAAGACGUGAUUCCCUUGAAUUUGUCAAAAGAUGGUACAAGUGCCAACGCCUCGCCCCCAUCAUAAAUACUCCACCAUGCGAACUGGACCCAAUAACAGCACCUUGGCCCUUUGCAAAAUGGGGGGUUGACCUAAUUGGACCUAUGCCCAUUGGAAAAGGAGAUUUUUCUAAAGAGUUCGGCAUCAAGAAACAUUUCUCAACGCCGAACCAUCCGCAGGCAAACAACCAAGUCGAAGCCAUUAACAAGAUUAUUAAGCACACAUUGAAAGCAAAACUCGACUUGUUUAAAGGAAGAUGGGUCGAAGAGCUCCCAAGUGUGCUAUGGUCUUAUUGCACCACUGCAAGGACUAGCAUGGAGGAAACCCCGUUCUCAGGGGCUUUCGGCGUAGAGGCUAUGAUCCCGUUAGAAGUCAGCAUUCCCUCACUGUGCAUGACUGAUUACGACAAAGAAAAGAACAAUAUAGCUCUUCGUAUGGAACUCGACCUAGCCGAGGAGAGAAGGAACAAUGUCGUUUACAAACAGCGGAACGCCAAGUACUACAAUCAAAAAGUGCGAAAAAGAGAAUUCGAGGUAGGAUCCCUCGUCUUAUGGAAGGUAUUUCUCCCCAUAAGAAAGGUAGGCAGUGGAUGCCUGGGUCCGAAUUGGGAAGGUCCCUAUCUGAUAACGAAGGUCCUACUAAAAGGGGCAUACGAACUGGAAGACUUGGGGGGUAGACCCUUACCCCAUCUUUGGAAUGCUAAACACCUUAAGAAGUACUAUCAGUGA